AUGAAGCCGUCGCAUAUUGCGGUCGUCUCGCCAGCAGGAAUUUGUGGCGAAGGCCGUGUCGUUGAAAUUGACGAAACCUCGAUGUACAAUCACGGCACCCGCCAUGACGAGUACUGGCUCUUUGGUGGGGUAGACCGAACCACGAAGCAGUGGUUUGGUGUCGUGACGUUCGGCGAUCUGACCAAGCCGACCCUGUUAGCGCUGAUCAAAAAAGGACAUUCGAUCUGGGAUCCACAUCAUCUCCGACAAUUUCGGAUCGUACGUUUCAACCAACGAGCAGCACACAUUGGCUAA